AUAAUUAUCGAUUUUGUAAACAAAUUUCUGAAGAGCCUAAUUUUAAUUAAAUAAUACAGAUUUAUUUUAAAUCAAGAAAAAUAAUUUGUGAAAAUGGAUGCCGAUAGUAAAGCUACAUCUUCUGAGACAGUAGAAUCCUUACAAAAAGAAGCAGAAGUGUUGAAAAAACGACUGGAAGAGGAAAGGCAAAAACUUAAUGAUAUUUCUUUGGAGGCGGUUGCUGAAAGAUUAGAUUGCGUUAGCUGCCCUAAUAUUAAGCCUCGUCGUACGCUUAAAGGUCACCAAGCUAAAGUUCUGUGUUCGGAUUGGUCUCCAGAUAAAAAACAUAUAGUUUCAUCAUCUCAGGAUGGCAAAAUGAUUAUUUGGGAUGCUCAUACCACUAACAAGGAACAUGCACUUACAAUGCCAACUACUUGGGUAAUGGCUUGUGCCUAUGCACCAUCUGGCAAUUUUGUAGCUUGUGGUGGUCUUGAUAAUAAGGUCACUGUAUAUCCUUUGGUAUUGGAUGAAGAAAUAUCACAACGUAAGAAGACAGUUGGAACCCAUACAAGUUACAUGAGCUGCUGUCUGUUUCCCAAUUCGGAUCAACAGAUACUAACAGGUAGUGGCGAUUCUACGUGUGCUCUAUGGGACGUAGAAUCUGGACAAUUGCUUCAAAAUUUUCAUGGACAUUCCGCUGAUGUUAUGUCAAUUGAUCUAGCUCCAUCUGAGACAGGCAAUACCUUUGUUUCUGGAAGUGUGGACAAAAUGGUUCUAAUUUGGGAUAUGCGCAGUGGACAGUGUGUCCAAUCAUUUGAAGGCCACGAAUCUGAUGUGAACAGUGUAAAGUUUCAUCCUAGUGGAGAUGCAGUAGCUACUGGAGGAGAUGACGCUACAUGCAGGUUGUUUGAUUUAAGAGCUGACAAAGAGAUAGCGGUAUACAGUAAAGACAGUAUUAUUUUUGGAGCAAAUUCAGUUGAUUUUUCACAUUCAGGACGACUAUUAUUUGCUGGUUAUAAUGAUUAUACUGUGAAUGUCUGGGAUACAUUGAAGUGUGUUAGGGUAUGGUUGUUGUAUGGUCAUGAAAAUAGAGUCAGCUGUUUACAAGUAUCGCCUGAUGGUACUGCUUUAUCAACAGGUUCCUGGGACUGUACAUUAAGAGUUUGGGCUUAAUUUUAUGUUAGUAUUAAAAAAAGUAUUAAUUUUGUUCCUUAAUGUGUAAUAUUAAUAUUAGAAGUAGAUAAAUGUAUACAUAUAUUUAUACUCUGUUAAAAAUAUGCUUUAAAAUUUUUAAAUAGUAUUGUUUUUUAUAUGUUUUUGUUAAGUUAACUCGGUGUUAAAAUAAAGCUAUAGUG